GUUCUUUUACUAUCAACUACAUACAUAGACUUCUUAUUGUUAUUUCUUCCGGGCAUGAAGCCUCUUUGCUCGAGAUCAGUUGUUGUGAAUUCUUCAAAUUGGUCCUCAAUACACUGUAUACACUAUCGCAUGUAUACACUUUCGCGCCCGGCAUGGAGUUCAUCCCUGAGAAACGACGUGUGGUCAUCACCGACGAGAAUCUAGGCCCCAUUGUGAGCAUUGUGUCAAUUUUACUUCUGAUAUCAGUCGUUCUCAUAGUACUCUCCCGGCUUUGUACUCGGUAUUUUCUAAGACGACAGCUUUCGCUGGAAGAUGGUCUCGUCUUCGCUGCAGCGAUUCUCAGCACUGGGGAGCUCGUGACAAUCCUAGGCCUUGACUCGAACGGCCUUGGAUCCCCGAUCCAAACAUUGUCCAAGGAACAGGUGCUUCGGUUUCAGAAGUACUCAUAUUCAACCGAUGUGCUCUACGUGUUGAACAUUGGGCUCACUGAGAUAUCUAUCUUGCGUCUCAUCUAUAGUCUGACGCCGGUGAAGAACCAGAAGAUCGUCGCCUUGAUGGCCAUUGGAUUCACCACUUUAUGGACUAUAAGUAGUCUGUUUGCCCUACUUUUCCAAUGCCAUUUACCGCAUGUCUGGCAGUUCAUUGACAAUAGAUGUAUCAAUAAGGUUUCGUUCUGGAUUUCCUAUACUGUUGUCCACAUCGUCACGGAGCUCGCUGUGAUUUUCCUUUCUGUGGUAUUGGUCUGGGAUUCCAAGCUGUUAAGGGGCGUUAAAUUACUGGUCGUAUUUCCGUUCACACUUCGCAUCCUUGUGCUUGUCCCCGCCAUUGCACAAAUCGCAUACUUUGCACCUGCAAUCAAGUCUCGUAACCCAACAUUCGAACUGUGGACUUCCGUCCUCUGCGCACAAAUCACACAGACAAUUAGCAUCACCACAGCAUGCUUCAUUCAAUUAAGGCCCUUUAUUACAUCGCUCCAUUCAGGGCUCUUACACAACAAUGAUGCGAGGCGACGCAUAAGGCAGGACUCUCGAAGUGGCUCGGGUUACCUAUCAUUAGGCGGCAAAGGGCGCAAUUGGAGCGACACUGGCAGGAGUGGCUCAGAUGCACCUGCUCUGGCACCUGAAAGCAGGAAUGUGUUUGUGGGUGGUAGAGAUCCUUGGGGUCAAUAUGGAAAGGAUCUGAAUGAAAAUUCAGAUGGCAGCCCCACCAGUGCGCCGGCUGGACGGAUAUCACAAGUUAUUCGGCAGACUACAAGCAUUGCUGUCGAAUUCUCUGACAGACAUAAGCGCUAAGUGCACGAUUUCAUCUCAGGUGCGAGGCUCAUUUUAAUUGGAUAGUCUUCGGUAAUAUCCCCAUCAAUGUAAAUAUCCUCCAAUGUCUAUUGGUGGGCAAAGAUU